AUGACGACAAUUAUUCGUGUGAAAAGACAUAGAGGAGAAGAUCCAGUUGAAGCAUUAGUUUUAUCAUGUAAAAGAAAAAAAACGGAAAAUUGUUCUGUUACAUCAGAUGGAAAUUCAUUUAAAUAUAUUUUAAAUUUUUCAGGAACGGUAGAAGAAAAGGAUGAUAAGAUCGCAGCGAGUACUGUAGAAUCAUUUAGAAAAGAUUCUAAAUAUUCAAAUUUAAAAAAAAAAGAACAUGUACCGGACAUAAAAGUUAAACAAAGAAAAGAAUAUAAGGAAAAAACAGAUGAUAGUAGAUUUACAUUGCUAAGUUUUUUAAGGUCUAAUAAUGCAUUUGAAGACUCUAAUACUGAUUCAUAUAAUGAUGGCCAAAAAAAUGUCACUAUUGUUGAUGUCAGCAAGGAAAAUGACGAAAAUUUAUCCACUAACAAUAUUGGUGAUGGUUCUUAUGUGUACGAUUUAUAUAGUGCAAACGUAGAAAAUGAUUCCGAUUACAAUGACAUGUUUAUGGAACAUCUUCUAAGUGUCCUCAAUAAGAGAAUGUUAUCGAUGAAACUUGCUGUCAUUAAUUCCAUUUAUGGUUAUUUAUUUCUGCCUUGA